GGUCCGUCGCUGGGUCCGUCCCGGCGGGAAGCGCUUCCGGUCAUGGCGGCGGCGGCGGUCGGGGGGGGCCGCGGGCUCUGGGGGCGCCUCGGGGAGAGUCGCAUCGGGCGCUGGUGGCGGGCGCUGCUGCAGGACUACGCGGCGGCGGCGCGGGAGGCGGCCUCGGACGCUCGUCGGCGCCCGGCGGCGGCGGCGGCAUCGAUGGCGGGGCUGGCGGGGGCGGCCGCCUGCGUCGCCGCCGUCCCCAGCGCCGAAUCCUUCGAGGCGGCGACGGUGGAGGCGGCCGACGCGCUGCUGCUCCUCUCGCCGGCAACGCGCAGCCCCGGCGCCGACCGGCACGUCCAACGCCUGCUGCGGCGGCGCGACGCCGGCCGCUUGCGCUACCGGCACCUCCUCUUCGCCGCCGUGGUCUACGAAGCCCCCCACGCCGACGACACCGCGCUUUACCCGGCGCGGUGCCGGUACCUGCGGCCGCGGUGGCGGGAUUUGCCCGCUCGCCUCCUGGACGUGGGGUUUUGGGGGCGAUGGUGGGUUUUGGGGGCCCGGUUACGGGACUGCGACGUCAACGAGGAGGAGUUUUUGGGGUUGCCGGCGCGGUUGCGCCGCGUGGACCCCCACCAGCUCCGCUCCCACCGCAACGAGAGCCUGUUCCUGGAGAAAUUCCGACCCGUCGCCCUCACCGCGGAGGAAAUCCGGCGCGCCGAGAGCGAGGCGGCGGCACCGGCACGCGGCGGCGGCACCGGGGACCCCGCGGGCGCCUCUUAACGCCCCGAAACCCUCCUUCGUACCUCGGCCCCCUGCGCCCCCGGAUUUGCCCCCAGCGCCGCCGCGCCCCAGUUAUUCCUCCCCCCCCCCCGUUAAUGCAUCCGCUCAUCGAUUUCGGGUUAACGCGGCCCGGCAGCCCCCGACCCCCGGCAGCUGCUUCUCGCCAGCGGACGCGGAAUUAACGUAUUUACGUGGU